AUGGAUUUCGCAAGUCUCAUGAAAAGCCAGAUUGGCUCAUCAACGAAGCCAAAAGACGAGCAAGGCGGCAAGAAAUAUCUGAAGCGCUCUGAAGUUGAAGCACAGCGACAGGCCGACUACCAGCGAGAGCAAGAGGAACUCGAGAAGGCAAGACAAGAGAGGCUAGAGAAGAAGCGCAAGCGGGAUGAGGAAGAAGCAGAUCGGAACAAAGCACGCGAAGAGAAGAAGCAAAGACUAGCAGAGGAAAGCAAGCGACUCCGAGAGGAGGAAGAAGAGGCAGAAGAGAGAGUACGACGGAAGCGAUUAGGUCUCCCAGAACUCGAAAAGAAGGCAGACAAAGAAGACACGCCUCUACAGGACGAUGAGCACGACAUCCCAGAGGAAGAACUCCUCUCCAAACUCCAAGAACUCCACGAACCACGCUUCCUAUUCGGCGAAACCCACCUCCAACGCCUCAGACGCUACCGCAAACUGAAAGAAAAAGCCCUCGCCCCGAAACUGAGCAAAGGACCCAUACCCACUACCCUCGAACUCGUCCCGGAAGCAGAGAUGAAAGUCCCCGAAACCGUACCCAAAGACCCCGCCCAGCGAGACUUCCUCCUGCGCCAAAUCGCCAGCUAUUUCGACAUGCUCCUCUCAGAAUGGCAGUCCGCCCUCGCGAGGCGAAGCAAAGAGGUCAAGGAAUCCUCGACCGGAAAACAAGCCUUCAACUCCUUCCUCGCGGCGCGAGAUAACCUCCGCCCGCUCUUCAAGAAAAUGGAAACCAAAGACCUCCCGGACACUCUCCUCGCGCCCAUCCUGGAAAUCGUCCAUCUCGCUCAGGUCAAGAAGUACGUCGCCGCGAACGAUGCGUAUCUGAGACUUUCGAUCGGCAAGGCGGCUUGGCCGAUUGGUGUGACGAUGGUGGGUAUCCACGAGAGAAGUGCGCGGGAGAAGCUGCAUGAGACGGAGAAGACGGGCGGACAGGCGCAUAUUCUGAGCGACGAGGUGACGAGGAAGAUGUUGCAGGGGAUUAAGCGGUGUUUGAGCUUCGCGCAGACGAGGUGGCCGCCGGAGGAUAUUGGGCAGUUGAUGGGCUAG